UCCGCCAAAUCACACGCCGGUUUCAUCAUGGCUGCAGGGCCCAUAUCAGAACGUAACCAAGAUGCGACGGUAUAUGUAGGCGGUCUCGAUGAAAAGGUAUCAGAGCCACUGUUGUGGGAGCUCUUCCUCCAAGCUGGACCAGUCGUGAACACACACAUGCCCAAAGACAGGGUGACGGGGCAACACCAAGGUUAUGGCUUUGUGGAGUUCCUCAGUGAAGAAGACGCUGACUAUGCCAUAAAGAUCAUGAACAUGAUCAAACUGUAUGGCAAACCCAUACGAGUGAACAAAGCUUCGGCGCACAAUAAGAACCUGGACGUGGGUGCCAACAUCUUCAUCGGCAACUUGGACCCAGAAAUCGACGAGAAACUCCUCUACGACACGUUCAGUGCAUUCGGCGUAAUUCUGCAGACGCCCAAGAUCAUGCGCGACCCAGACACGGGUAACUCCAAAGGUUACGCCUUCAUCAACUUUGCCAGCUUCGAUGCUUCAGAUGCAGCCAUCGAGGCCAUGAAUGGGCAGUACCUGUGUAAUCGGCCCAUCACCGUCUCCUACGCCUUUAAGAAGGACUCGAAGGGCGAGCGGCACGGUUCCGCUGCAGAGCGCCUCCUGGCUGCACAGAACCCGCUCUCGCAGGCUGACCGACCGCACCAACUGUUUGCUGAUGCUCCGCCCCCUCCCACUGCACCCACGCCCGUCAUGACCACUUUGGGAGCGGCAAUCCCAAUGCCUGGCAUGCCGCCUCCAGGCACGUUUCCCCCUGUGCCACCCCCAGGUUCACUGCCACCUGGAAUGCCCCCAGGAAUGCCCAUGCCCCCUGCCCCAGGAACACCUGCCCCUCAGGGGGCAUCUGCAGUGCCUCCCCCAGGAGCCCCACCUUUCCCUCCUGCUGGCAUGCCCCCUCCAGGUAUGCCGCCUAUGCCAAUGCCUCCGUCUGGGCCUCCUGGCAUGGCACCUCCACCUCCUGGACCUCCAGGGUCCAGUCAGCAUCGGGCUCCGCCUCCUCCUGGAAUGCCCCCGCCGCCACAGAUGGGCAUGCCCCCAAGAGGGCCCUUCGGCCCACCGAUGGGUCCACCGAUGCAUCCAGGCAUGAGGGCCCCCCCCCCUCCAAUACCUCCUCCAGGCUACGGCGGAGGCCCACCCAGACCGCCUCCCUUCGGCUUUCAGAGAGGACCACCACCCAUGCCCCCCCGCCCACCAGCACCUCCCAGGGGACCCAUGAGAGCACCCAUGCCUCCAUAAAGGAGAACAUUAAUCUUAUAUUUCAAGUUUUACAUGUUUUAAUUUUCAUCCCCAGCUGUUGUUUUCCCCCUCAGUUUAUGUCUGUUGUAUUUUCCUAGAAUU